AUGAUGGCAUUCAAGAAAACCCUAGCCCAGCGCCUGUUCAACAUCUCCAAGAUCUCGCCCCAAACCCUCCGAAACUGCCGGAUUUCUUCGUCGGCGGUUCAUACCCGACCGGCUCCCAAGCCACGGGAAACAAGCAUCGCACCCGACCCGGGAGACAAUGUCAUUUUCCGCCGCUUCCUCCACAAGAGGUCGUCGCCGGCGACAUCCCAGAGGCCGGAGAUGUGGUCCUUGCCGACUGGAGAAAACCUGAUGCAGAAGCUCAGGGUCAUGGCCAUUGGCUCUGACCGAAUCCGAUUGGACUGUUUGGCUCCGCCGGAGCCCGAGCAGGAGAAGUCACCGGCGGUGGGGUCAGGAUUGACGGCGGAGGAAACCAGGAAGUUGCUGAGGGUGGCCCAGUUGGAGGCUGUGAAAUCGAAGCUUCGAGAAGUCCAGAAAAGCUGGGUAUCGUAUCCGGAGUUUGUUCGGAUAUGCAAGGAGGGUUGUUCGGAUCCGGAUCUGGGUCUCGGGUUCGCCAAGUCGUUAGACGAAAACGGGUCCGUUAUCGUGUUGGGAAACGCCGUUUGCUUGAGGCCUGAGCAGGUAGCUAAAGCCAUCCAGGAACUAAUUCCAAUUCCAGGAGCUGCAGCAGUCAACCCAAACGACCCAAGAAUCAGGGAAUUGGAGGACAUGGAGAGGCAGAAGUUUGAAAUCGACAGGAAAGCCGAGUCCCUGGUUCGGAGGGAGCUCUGGUGUGGGCUUGCAUAUCUUGUUGUCCAAACAGCCGGGUUCAUGAGGCUCACCUUCUGGGAACUCUCGUGGGACGUCAUGGAACCUAUUUGCUUCUACGUUACUUCAAUGUACUUCAUGGCUGGCUAUGCAUUUUUCCUCAGGACCUCGAAAGAGCCCUCUUUCGAGGGAUUUUUCCAGAGCAGGUCUCAUGCGAAGCAGAAGCGCCUCAUGAAGCUUCAGAACUUCGAUGAGGGAAGGUACAAUGAGCUCAGAAAAGCUUGUUAUCCUUACUCGUCAUCGUCUUCUUCGGAACUGCCCGCAUCAACUGCUUUUGAUGGGCCAAAGAGUGUUGUGCAGUUUGGUUCAAUACAUAGUUAA